AUGGUGAAGGAGGACGAGAAUUUGCCUGACAUAAAGCGAAAAACUUUGUGCAAAAUAUUAUACAAGCUAAAUUUUACUUGGGAGAAACAAAGUCGCAAAUCAGUGCUAAUCGACAACGAAGAAAUAAUAUGUUGGAAACGCCAGUAUUUACGAGAUAUCCGAAAAUACAGACAGGAAGGAAGACAAAUCUAUUAUCUAGAUGAGACAUGGCUCAAUGAAGGACAUUCAGUAAAAAAAAUAUGGCAGGACGAAAGUAUUCAAACCAGCCGUCAAGCUUUCAUAGAAGGUUUAUCUACUGGACUGAAAACUCCUAUCGGUAAAGGUCGCCGACUAAUAAUAACGCAUAUUGGAUACAAUCAAGGGUUCGUUGACAAUGCCAAUUAUCAUUUGCGAUUAACAGAAAAUCUUCCAUCUACCUCUUGGAGAAAAGCUGAUAUUAGAAACUGGUUGAUCGUAAAAGAUAUACCAUUUGAAGAUGAUAUGCUGAAAAAAGAACUUUUAAAGGUUGCUUCAGAUCACAAGCUACAAUUUAAAAAGUUUGUUAUUGAUGAAAUAGCCAAGAUUCGUGGGAUAACAAUGCUUCGUUUGCCGCCAUACCAUUGUGAUAGAGUUAAUAUGGGCCCAAAUGAAAGGUUAUGUAGCUAG